AAAAAUAACGGUGUCAUGGCGGGAUACCUUUGUUUACAAAUGGGUUAUACAUUAGAUUUAUUAUGAAACAUUAUUUAGUCUGAUCAUAUAACUUACAAUGGAAAAAGGUAAAAUAAUGUCCAUUUCGGCUCUUAUUUAGAUUUGUUUAUAAUUUUAAUUCUUUACAAUACAGACUUAUUUCUAACACUUUAAUUUAGUCAGACUCGGUGCUUUCUAUUAUAUUUAUAUUAAUUAUAUUAUUAUUAUUAUAUUAAUAUUAUUAUUAUCUAUCUAUUAUUAUUAUUAUUAUUAUCAUCAUUAGGUGGUUUUUAUAUAGCGCAGUACCCCAGCCUAGAGCUAGGCUCACUGGGCUUCACAUAAAAAUUAGCAAUUACAGAAACGUAUGCAUUGAAAAAGAAUAAUUGGUGAAAAGCUUGCCCUCACCGUCGUCCACUCACAUACUAUCAGAGACUAUCUACCCCUGUCUAGCCAUGGACAGCACCCAGCAGAAUCAAGCGUUGUUUAUCAGUGAGAGGGGGUUGAGAAUGAGUCGGUAUAGUACUACAGUUUGAAGAGAUGGGUCUUAAGAGCAGUUUUGAAGGCAGUGAUGGUCGUUAUAUUGUGGAGUGGAUGUGUAAUUGUAAUGGGAGAGAAUUCCAUUGUUUUGGGGCACAGAAAUAGAAAGAUCACAUAGCGUAUGCAUGUUUGCGGAGGAACUAAGCUAUAAUUUUUUUAUACUAUCAUCAGAAUAUCAGUAUCAGUACUAUCAAUAUCGUCAGAUGUGAUAUAUUUAAGACAGAUAUCGGUUGUGAGUUGACUUACCGUCAUAAAUUUUCACUUAGUGUUAAUAUGUUGGUCUCUCACCGCAUACAGUAGAUUUUUGUCAUGAAAAAUACUUUGCAAAAACCAGGAGGUAGGAUGGUAGGUAGGGUAGUCCUGGUAGAAUAAUAUUAAUAGCAGUAUAGUGUGUUAACUUGGCAUAUAUAGAGCAAUGCAUUCAUAAACAACCAACAAUAACUCAAUAAAUCAUUAAUGGGAUUGUCUGGUUUUUCUGGAGAUAUCCUAAAUGGCCUACUUCAUCUUCAACAAAAAGAGACUUUGUUUUUUUUUAGUUUGGAUGCAUUAAUAUUAAUAUAUUAUGAUAUGAUUUUGAUUGUAACAAAAAUUACUUAGACUUAAGGCCUAGUUAUAAUUAAGGCAUCAAGGUGAGUAAGGGUGGUUUUCCACUGUAUGAGAUGGCUGGGACAAGCCACACAUACUUCACAUAUUCUUAUACUAUAAUAAUGGUGUUAUAAAAUUUAUAGUCUUUGGCUAACUGAAAGUGAUAAUCUAUAUUUUUCAAUAAUAUUUCUAAUAAUAUGCUAAUAAGAAUUUAAACCAGGGGCCAGAAUGAUCAUCAAAUUGAUCGUGGGCUUUUUUUUAGCUUUUUUUAACCCCCCCCCCCCCCCAAUCAUUAUAAAUUUGUAACACUAAUGAAACAUUUUAUCACACAUGGUCAACAAUUCAUGACCCCCAACCCCAUACAUGUGACAUAGUCCCUUACACCAUUUAUGCUUCAUAAAUUAAUUUUAAACAAUUGAGGUAAUUUAAUUUAAAUUCAAUACCUUUGCCUAUGAAAUUUAGUGAUGAAUGCAUUUAUUACAUUCUUAAAUUUUUUUUCAGGAGUCAGAAAUAAUUUGAGUAUACUUGCAGAGGAAGAUGAUGAAGAAGAGAACAGUGAGGAAUCUGAUAUUGAAAAUGUAAAAAUAAAAAAAAAAUAAUAAAAAUUAUACAAUGUUAUAUGAAGUCAACACUGUGCAAAUUCAAGGUUAUGGGACCGCAGGCCCAGGGACCAAACAUUAAUUAAAAUUAUCAAAAUUGUCUCUACACUAUAUUUUUAUAAGACACAUUUUUAAAGGAAUACAAAAUAAAAUUGCAUAGAAUCUUAUUCAUUCAUAUCAGAGAAUUCCUCUGUAUUCAACUACAAUGCUUUAAAAGGUGUAAAGUACCUUGAAUUUUUUUGGGGCCCCCCCCCCCCCCCCCCUCCCCCAAAUAUUAAGGCUGCACAUCUGAAAAUAAUAUACUAGCUACACUAGCAACUACAAAAAUGGAUUUUCACGAGUCUUAAUAUUUCUUUAAAGCAUUUCUUUAACAGCUUAUAAAUAAAUAAAUAUAUAUAUUUGUUAAGAGGGUGGAAGUUGGCAAUGCCUGAUUUAAUCUUUCCUUCCGUGAAGCUUAUGCUGUAAAUAGUUGUUAACUUUUCUGUAUGCUGUCACUUUGUUGACUGUAUGGUAGGCUAUAGAUUUUAUUAUUUUUAUUUGUUUAUAUUUCAGUCUGAAGAGGAGACAGAUUCUGAUAAUGAAGAUGGGAACAACAGAGGAGUAAAAAUUGGGGAGCAAAAUAAAUUUGACAAUCUUUGCGAUGGUGUUCUCAAUGCGAUGGCUCUAGUACAUGAUUCUUUGCACGAAGUUUGUGCAUUUUUUGAUCAAAUCUCAUUCUUUCAUUUUAUUUUUUUAAUGACUUCUGAAAAUUUUUAACAAUGGAUGAACAUUCAUCACAUACAAUAGAACUGAAAAUUUGAAAUGAUAUAGAUAUGUAAUAGCAUUGUAGUUGAGCUUUAUUUACAAAGCAGCUAAAUUGUUCAUUUAAAAAGGAUAUUAAAUAUUAUUUACACGAUUACUGAUUUUUAAAAAAUGUCAUUAAAAAUUUUCCUUUCAUUACUAUUGACUAAAAUAAAUUAAAUGUUGCUUGAAUGGUGCGUUUAAAUGUAAUAUUCAACUCUCUCAGCUUCUUGAAAUGAAGGAUGAAAUGUUAAAGUUCUCCCUUCCUCCAACUUUAUUAAUGAAAGUGGCAAUGAUCAGUGGCAGAAUGUUUAGGAGGUGAGCUACUACAUUUCUGAAAUUAAAAUAAGAAAUUUCUAACUUAAAUUCAUAAUAUCCUCUGAAAAAGGCUACCUGCAGUAGGGUAAGUGUAAGAUUUUGCAAUAUUAUACCAUCACUCCAGUUUUAGCCUUGAGGGGGUCAGUAAAUUUUGCGCUGUAAAGUGGCCAAUCAAUAAAUGUUGAUAUAUUAAUCUCUGUAUACAUUUUUUUACUCUCCAUCAAACAAUUAUUAUCUCAGAAAAAAAAUUGUAUCAUGCAGCAUCAGUGACCUAGGAAUGCCCGUAGGUGAACUGGUUCGACUGGUUCAUGUUUACUCCACACCCUGGGAAGAGAAGAGUGCAGCACUGAAAAAACUACAUGAAGAUUAUGAAAGCAAACAGAGGCAGCUUAAUAUUGCCAUCAAACGUUUACAGCUUGUUGAUGCACAUGUGAGUUAUAGUGAGUUAUAGUGAGAUAUAGUGAGUUAUAGUGAGUUACAGUGAGUUAUAGAGAGUUAUAGUGAGUUACAGUGAGUUUUACUGCUGGCCGAGAAUUGAACCCAGAAUUAAAUCUCCUCAAGGAAAAAUAUAAUUGCUCUUUUUAAUUAAAAAUAACCUCAUAAUCACAGAAACAACUGUAAAAUUAACAACUGACUUGCCAAGUUUUGUCACAUUUUACGUUAGAUAACUAAGAUUAACAUAAAUUCAUAUCUUCAUUUUCUAGUCGAAAAGAAUUGCCAGAGAGAAAAGAAUAAUGAACUGGGAGAAACUGUUCUCUAAAAUGACAAGUGCUAGAGGUCAUGGUCGCAGGUGGAAGUUCUUAAUUGAGACAAUCAAGGAGAAAGCCAAACUUGGUCUUGAACAUGUGCAGGCAAGACUUAAAAUCUUGAUAUUUUCAUAGGUUGUUUCAUGAGUUUAAAAAAAAAGUUUAGUACAGAAAUUUAGUUUAAAAAGUGACUCAGGUAUCUUGGAAUCACAUGACUAAUGAGUCACUUAAAUAUUUUGGAGUCACAUGACUGAUAAGUUACUUAAAUAAAAAUAAACAUUUUGUUAGCUCCAAAGUAAAUAUUUCUAUUAAUAACUUCUUAUGUAGUUCAGUGGAAUGCUUACAGAAUAUUUAUUUUAAUUAUAACCCAGGCUUACACACAGAGCUUGGCAGAAACCUCAGAAUCUGAAGCAGAAGAUCCAACAGACCAAAUGCCAGAAGAAGGAGAAGUAAGCAGCCAGAUGUUUCAUCAAGAAGCAACCAAUCAGAGUGACAUUAAUGAAGAUAACAAAGAGGUGGAAGAGAAAGAAAAUGAAGAAGAAGGAGAAAAGGAAGAGAAAGACAGCAGUGAUGAAGAUGUGGCUGGAGAUACCGAAGGUAAAAACUGGAAAUGAUACUUUUACCCCUCAUUUCUUAAGGUUGUGAAUAUCAGAGAAAUUUAAUGUGUACUAUAAUUGUUAGCAAUAUUGUUAGCUCUAUCUGUUGUUUUUUUUCUCCAAGGAACUGAAUCUCUUGUUAGUGGAGACACAGGGGGCACUGAGGGUGAUGAUGGUCAAGGAAACCUUGCAUGGAUCUCUACAUCUCCUAAAGUAAGUUAUCUUAACUUCAUAGCCCAAACAACCUACAAACUUUUUAUUUAUACAUCUAUGUAACAGAAACCUUUGUAAGUCUGAGGGAGCUGAAGCAAGCUUCUUGAAAAAAAACUUGGUUAGUGUUCAUAUUUUUGUAGCUGCAAAACAUUGUGUGCCUUAACUUAUCUGAAGAUAUACAUUUGUCAAUGCCUAAUAAUUCUUGUAAAUUACUUAAAUUGUAACAGUUUUGCUAUUGAAGUUUCCCAUAAGAAUUAAAAUUAGAUUUUAAAUUGAUUCCAUUAGGCAUUUGCUCAACAAAGAGACAUUAUUUAUAAUUAUUAAAGAAAUUUAUAUUUCCCAAUGGUUUAGAAUAAUUUAAACAAAUAUUGUCUAUCCAAAACAAUCCUCUAUUUUACUUAUAAUGAGAAGAGUUUAGAUAACAGUAUGUUAUUACAUUACAAAAUCUGUAUAUGCGAAGAGUUUAGAUAACAGUAUGUUAUUACAUAACAAAAUCUGUAUAUGAGAAGAGUUUAGAUAACAGUAUGUUAUUACAUAACAAAAUCUGUAUAUGAGAAGAGUUUAGAUAACAGUAUGUUAUUACAUAACAAAAUCUGUAUAUGAGAAGAGUUUAGAUAACAGUAUGUUAUUACAUAAUAAAAUCUGUAUUCACAGAGAGUAAGGUUUGAUACCAGUUCAACGUCUGCACCAGUUCGUCCACCUAUGAAAGACGUUGAUGUCUGGACAGGUGAACCAGAUUACGACCGUUCAUUGUUCAUUAGAACAUUCUGCCCAGAGGGUCUGAGGCAGACUGAACUGAAAUGUUCCUUAUCUUAUGGUGGAAAAAUGUUUAAAACUACUUUACUGGAUCCUGUGGAUGAUCAUGUAAGUAAAUAUAAUGUUGCUUCCAUCUGGUUGUGAAUAUAAUGUUGCUUCCAUCUGGUUGUGAAUAUAAUGUUGCUUCCAUCUGGUUGUGAAUAUAAUGUUGCUUCCAUCUGGUUGUGAAUAUAAUGUUGCUUCCAUCUGGUUGUGAAUAUAAUGUUGCUUCCUUCUGGUUGUAAACAUAUAAUUGGUGGCAUUUAUACCCAUUGAAACAGAUGUUUCAUUAAAAAAGAUUUACUAAGCACAAAGUCAAGGAGAAAUGAAGUAUUGGUAUGAAACCCUAGGUUGCUUGGGCAGCAACCUUGGGCAGAGCUUGAACCUAGAGUUUAAGACAGACCAAAGUUCUACAACAUGGCUACACCACUUGGGCAGUAACCUUGAGCAAAGCUUGAGCCUAGAGUUUAAGGCAGACCAGAGUUCUACAACGUGGCUACACCACUUGGGCAGCAACCUUGAGCAGAGGUUGAGCCUAGAGUUUAAGGCAGACCGCAGCUCUACAACACCACUUCAUCAAGCUACAGACAGUUUAAUAUUAGUUGACGGGAUAUAAAAAUUACAAUACGAAAAAAUUUUAAUGUUAUAAGUAUCUUGAUAAGAAAUAUGUAUUUUUGGUACUCACUGACUGAAUAAAUAAAAUAUUUAGGCCGUUCCAUAAACUUUUAUCUUGUAAAUCUCAAUGCCAAGUUUACCCACCUUCUCCCAAUCAGCCGAACGAGACGAUAGUGUUGGUCUUUUGCAAUAAAUAAGUGGGUUUUAAGUGUUCAUUUUGGGCACUGUUCUAUAUAGUUGGCUGCAAAUAAUAUAUAAAAAAAUAUUUACAUUGGACAUAGCUUAAAGCCAGCAGGAAUCGGGCUCCAUUUUAGCUUAAAGUCAGGAGGAAUGAAAUUUUUUCUCCUAAUUUAAAUUAUGGUACUUUAAAAGCAUGUAAAUGAUUCCAGUAAAUGUUAUUUUCAGCUUGACAUCAUGAGCCCAGAUAUGUUAGAUGAGCGACCCAGUAAGAGGCCACAGGCAGCCAGAAAAGGAGAAGAGAGAUCAAGUCUAGGAGGUAAUCUUUGUACCUACAUAUUCUGACCAAGUCUAGGAGGUGAUCACUGCACCUUCAUAUACUGACCAUUUUUGUCUCAUGAUAUGAAAAACUUAAAUUAAUACAAUAAAAUAUUUAAAAUUGUAUCAUUUGAUUGUAAUCUUGUAUCACUAAAAAUGUGUAAAUAUAUUUAUAGUACCUGGAUCAUCCCCUUUGAAUGAUUCAACUAAAAAGAACAAGAAUAAAAGGUCGGUUUAUUUUAACUUUAAACCUUCAUUACCGCUGGGUUCUUUUUGGGAGGGGGGUGGGGGGAGACUGCGGGCGGGCAUAAAUUUUUGCUGACUCAGCAAUAACACAUUGAUUUAAAAAAAAAUAAAAAAAUUCAGUUUUUUUCAUUCUCUAUCCGAUCCACUUAUUAACUUCUCUAUAGAUAAACAAAUAAAGAAAUAUAUAGCACUGAAAUAUGAGGUCGAUGUUACGUCCUCGGUAUUUCAGAAAAGUUCUUUGCCUCUUUGUUAUGAUGAUAAUGUGACGUCCUUGGUAAUUGAAAGUGGGUCAUCUUUGACAUCAUCGGUAACGAAAGGAUUAAUUUGACUAUUAAGUCAAAUAAUUUUGUUAGUAUAACCAAGUUAUAUUAAGAAAUAAUAAGAAUAAAGCUAUAGCCAAAAAAUGCAUCUUUAAAAUUUAUUAAAUGUUAAAUUUCCACUAAAAUCUCCAGGUAUUUUGAGUUCGAAAUCAAACUCCCAGAUGAGGUCAGAGAAGGAGUUCUGUCCACAGUGGUCCAACACCUUCAAGAACCAGACAAUCUCCAGUUUGCUGUCCACAAAGGAAAGUAUGAAGAGAUCAUAGCCAUGGCCACCCUGGACUUUCAGGACAUCAGAAAAAUGGCAAGUUUAUCAGUGCCAGACAAUCACUUGGUGGUGACAGAUGUUUAUGUCAGUGUGACACAAUCACUUGGUGGUGACAGAUGUUUAUGUCAGUGUGACACAAUCACUUGGUGGUGACAUAUGUUUAUGUCAGUGUGACACAAUCACUUGGUGGUGACAGAUGUUUAUGUCAGUGUGACACAAUCACUUGGUGGUGACAGAUGUUUAUGUCAGUGUGACACAAUCACUUGGUGGUGACAGAUGUUUAUGUCAGUGUGACACAAUCACUUGGUGGUGACAGAUGUUUAUGUCAGUGUGACACAAUCACUUGGUGGUGACAGAUGUUUAUGUCAGUGUGACACAAUCACUUGGUGGUGACAGAUGUUUAUGUCAGUGUGACACAAUCACUUGGUGGUGACAGAUGUUUAUGUCAGUGUGACACAAUCACUUGGUGGUGACAGAUGUUUAUGUCAGUGUGACACAAUCACUUGGUGGUGACAGAUGUUUAUGUCAGUGUGACACAAUCACUUGGUGGUGACUGGUGACAGAUGUUUAUGUCAGUGUGACACAAUCACUUGGUGGUGACAGAUGUUUAUGUCAGUGUGACACAAUCACUUGGUGGUGACAGAUGUUUAUGUCAGUGUGACACAAUCACUUGGUGGUGACUGAUGUUUAUGUCAGUGUGACACAAUCACUUGGUGGUGACAGAUGUUUAUAUCACUGUGGCACAAUCACUUGGUGGUGACAGAUGUUUAUGUCAUUGUGACACAAUCACUUGGUGGUGACUGAUGUUUAUAUCAUUGUGACACAAUCACUUGGUGGUGACAUAUGUUUAUAUCAUUGUGACACAUUCACUUGGUGGUGACAGAUAUUUGUAUUAUUGUGACAAAAUCACUUGGUGGUGACUGAUGUUUUUUUAUCAUUGUGACACAAUCACUUGGUGGUGACUGAUGUUUAUGUCACUGUGACACAUUUACUUGGUGGUGACUGAUGUUUAUAUCAUUGUGACACAAUCACUUGGUGGUGACUGAUGUUUAUGUCACUGUGACACAAUCACUUGGUGGUGACUGAUGUUUAUAUCAUUGUGACACAAUCACUUGGUGGUGACUGAUGUUUAUAUCAUUGUGACACAAUCACUUGUUGGUGACUGGUGUUUAUAUCAUUGUGACACAAUCACUUGGUGACAGAUAUUUAUAUCUUUGUGACACAAUCACUUGCUGGUGACAGAUAUUUAUAUCAUUGUGACACAAUCACUUGGUGGUGACAGAUGUUUAUACCUUUGUGAAACAAUCACUUAGGGGUGGCAGAUGUUUAUACCUUUGUGAAACAAUCACUUAGGGGUGGCAGAUGUUUAUAUCAGUAUGACCCAAUCACUUGAUGGUGACAGAUGGUUAUACCUUUGUGAAACAAUCACUUAGGGGUGGCAGAUGUUUAUAUCAGUGUGACACAAUCACUUGGUGAUUACAGAUGUUUAUACCUUUGUGAAAGAAUCACUUAGGGGUGGCAGAUGUUUAUACCUUUGUGAAACAAUCACUUAGGGGUGACAGAUGUUUAUACCAUUGUGAAACAAUCACUUAGGGGUGGCAUAUGUUUAUACCUUUGUGAAACAAUCACUUAGGGGUGGCAGAUGUUUAUAUCAGUGUGACCCAAUCAUUUGAUGGUGACAGAUGGUUAUAUCAGUGUGACACAAUCACUUGGUGGUGACAGAUGUUUAUAUAAAGUAAUAUAGCAACUCGAAUCAGUUUGUUUUCUUUUUUCUUUGUUAAUAUGUAUGUGCAAAAAGACUAUUGCAGCCUUUCAAAUUAAUUCCUUUCACUUAACAUAGCUAUCUUUAAAAGUGAUUCUCUUCACCUAACAUUGCUGUCUGUCAAAUUCAUUCCUUUCACUUAAAAGUUAACAUUGCCGUCAAAUGAUUCUCAAAAGUGGCAAGAAGUUUUAUAGUAAAAUGUCUUACUGCUAACUUACUUUCCCUAGUAAAGAUGGAUCUAUGGGCAUAUCAUCAUAUACAAUAAAGUUAUGAAUGAAAUUACUUUAAAAUAUAAUGGAAUGUAAAGUUAACGUAUAAUAGUUAUGCAAAUAAUUUCAUUUUUAUUAUGAUAAUAUUUAUUUAAAACAAUUUCAGACCUUAGAGACUGUGUACCUACCCCCUCCCCAUGGUGAUGAUAAUGUUGCUGGAAUAAAAUCUAGAGCAAAUUCUUUCAGGUAAAUUGUAUAAAUAGAAUGUUGGAUGGGUGAUGAAAUAAUUGCAGUAGUAUGUAUCAGUAUGAGCUUGAAAGGUGGGUGGAGGGGGACUCCAUACAAAUUAUUUGUCUCAUCUUUUGUAAAUUUAGAAAUGUACCAAGUUUUGCUGGUUUGCCCAGGGAUGUUAGUGGGGAUGCUUGCCAUUAAAAGCAAACAUGCUUAUGAAGGCUGAUGCUCUUUAAAAUUCUUACAUGAAAAGAUAUACUUAUAAAAGUUUGAUGAUAACUUUGUCAAUAAACAAUUUAUGUUGGUUAACUGGAUGUUAAAAUUUAAACUUCUUAUCCAAUAACUGAUACAAUUAAACUGACUGGCAUGAUAUGACUGACAACUGAUAGCUCUUGUUUGAUCUGCAGAAAAAUUAACCAUCAUCUUUUUAGGGGCCUGAUUGCCAGUUUUGUUAUAAAGUUAAUAAAUUUGUUUUGUUUACUUAUAAUCCCUAAGUUGAAAGUUUUAAAUCUACAUUCUGCAGCGACGAAUCCAGUUUGAAUGCUGAGUCACUGUCAGACUCUGUGGAUAUUCCCAUUCUGAUGGAUGAAUCUGGGGAGAGAAUGGCUUCCUCUACACCACGAGAGGAUUUGGUUAAAACGAGCGAAGCCAUUCCCGUCCCACUUUACUCUCUACACUCUGGUAAAUCUGAUGCCAUCCAAACGCCAUCUGGAACAUUGCCUCUAAUCAUUUACUGGGGGAAACGUGCUCGUCCUUUACAUUUUAACAGACAAUGUGGUAAGCAAAUGAAUUCUUAUUCAUUGACAGGUUAGGAUCACUUAAUUCAAUGGCACGAAAAAUAGAAAUUGGAACUUUUUAGAUUCACUCCCAGACAUCUUUAAACAUCAUUCCUAACCCGCUAAAGAAAUCUGUGCACGCUCGCUUAGGUACUCUGAAAAUUAAACACUUGCUUAGGUACUCUGAAAAUUAAACACUUGCUUAGGUACUCUGAAAAUUAAACACUUGCUUAAGUACUGUGACAAUUAAACACUUGCUUAAGUACUGUGACAAUUAAACACUGGCUUAGGUACUCUAACAAUUAAACACUUGUUUAGUUACUCUGAAAAUUAAACACUUGCCUUAGUACUGUGACAAUUAAACACUUGCUUAGGUACUGGGACAAUUAAACACUUGCUUAGGUACUCAGACAAUUAAACACUUGCUUAGUUACGCUGACAACUAAACACUUGCUUAGGUACUGUGAUGAUUAAACACUUGCUUAAGUACUGUGAUAAUUAAACACUUGCUUAGGUACUCUGACAAUUAAACACUUGCUUAGGUACUCUGACAAUUAAACACUUCACAAGAAAAACAUAAGGGCUUAUUUUAAUGCCCUUGAAUUUUUUCUUUGUAGACAAGGUCUUGAAUUACCAGGGUAGAAUGUUCUUUGCAGACAAACUUUGUAAAGUACCCAUACCAGGGUAGAAUGUUCUUUGUAGACUAACUUUGUAAAGUACCCAUACCAUGGUUGAAUAUUCUUUGUAGUCAAAGUUGGUAUAGUAAUGGUACCAGGGUAGAAUGUUCUUUCUCAAUUGAUAUUUAUUUAUUCCAUCUUUACUCUACAAUUUCUAUCUCCUAUUUACAGAUCAUAUUAAUUUAUUGGAUAAAGUCAAUCAGAAAUUGUAAUAUUUAUUGACUUUUAGUUAUGCUUAAAAAGUCUGUUUGUGUAUAAUUAGAUACAAGUUUGCAUAAUGUGACAACAUGACACAUUCUCAUUGACAGUUGGUGACCUCAUUGACAGUUGGCUGUCGCUUUGGUAGUUUAUAUCCCUACAAUUAUUUCAAAUGUUUUCUCAAUCAGGCACUUUGGGGGUCAAUGACCUGGUUUUUGAGCUAACUGGCCUUGACCUUGAUAUAACAACCAAAGAAGAUCUUCACAAGGACAUGGUGGAUAAAGCAUUGUCUGCUGCAGCAUUUACACCAGAGGUAGAGGAGGUAUGCUGUUUUAGCACAGAAUACUAUUGUAUAUAUUUACACCAGAGUUAAAGAAUUUAGGUCAGUCUUGUCACAGAAUACACAUGUACAUAUUUACACCAGAGGUAGAUGAGGUGAAGCUGUCUCAAUACAGCAUUAUUAUUUUAUUUUUGUUACUGAUAAAAACAUUGUAGAGUAGUUCCCCUUAUGGGAUAUUGGAUGCUGUCAUAAAAAUAAUUUAUGUCAGUGGCUAGUCUGAGAAUGAUAAAAAAUUUAAAUAAAUAUUAAACUAAUGACCUAACCAACAAACUUUACAAUUCUGAAAUUCAUUUAAAUAAUUUAUGUUGACCCCUUUUAACUGAGACAAUAAGUUAACGACAACUAAAGAAAAUUGUACUUUAACAUAUAAAUAGUCAGUGAUUUUUUUCAAAGAUUGGUUGAUGAGAACUAGUUGGUUCAAGAAUACACAUUCUUUUCUUCCCUUUCACUCCUGAGUUUUUGUACAAUUUCAUCAUAAUUGCAGCAUGAAAUAAUUGAUGCAGAUGACCAAUCAGUGGAAGCUGAAGUGUGUAACUAUUUCAAGAAAUUUUAUUGAUGCUUUUAAAAGUGUGCACUGCUUGAAAUGAGUGACUAAUUUUUUCUUUUUUUUGAUGUUGGAUUCGUGGAAAUAUUUUGAGUGCUACUGAAAAGAAUUUCAUGGUAAUUUUCAAAAUGAGCAAGUGCAAAGCUUAUGACAUUAGUUGGAGGUAUAAGAUGUUGUCAUUAUUGCUAUGCAAUAAAAUUUGUGUUGUGUAACAUUUAUAUAUUUGGUGCAUAUAUCACAACUAUAAAUUGUUUUUAUCCUUGGCUUUAACUAACCAUUUUUAAUUUCUCAUUUGAUGUUGACUUUUGGGAUAAACCAAUAAUGUCAUAUUUUUAAUAAACCGAUAAUAUUAUUUCUAAGUAUUUUUUUUUUUCACAUGUAAGGUAUCCACAUUAUGUAAAUGUCAUUUGGAAAAUAAUGACGUCACAUAAUAUAAAAUAUUUUCUUAACCUUGUAUUAAAAAUGUUGUUUUAAUAGUGUUAAAUAACCAAUCAUAAUUUAACUCUGAUGAUAGAAUUAGUUUCUCAAAAGUGUGUGGCAUUUGGGCAACUCUAGAUUUCCACUUCUCUCUGCGCCUGCGGUCUGUCACAUUCCAUUUAAAGGAUGCUUAAGAUUUCUUCAAUCCUUCAUAAAAAUACAUUUAAUGAAUUUCUUCUCUGGCAUCAGAUAUGUUUUUUUGAAAUAGAUUGAAAGCUGUGAUGACAAUAGUAACAUACAUGAAGAAUUUUAUUUGUUGACCUAAUUGAAUGCCAAUGUGUUUGUCCUCUCUGAGUUCCUGGGGACCAAUUACUUCAUUAACCUGGUUACAAUAUAGGUCUCACCUAAUUUUCACUCUGAUAUUGGUACUUGCAGAGUUGCAUGCCCACUGUAGCAGCUUCCUUUUCUUGGCUUUGUUUUGUCAAAGUUUGAUGUCAGUUAGCAGUGAAUUUUCAUCAGAAAAAUAAACUAUAGGAUAUUCCUCUGCAAAAUGAAUUCCAUCAUGAUUUUUGAAACAGAAGGAGGUUAGGUGUUUACAACAACAACUAAUAAAUAAAGAAAAUAGCAACAUGCUGGGUUCAUUGAUUGGCUGGGUUCAUUGAUUGGUAGACUCAGGAUUUAAAUUCUUUUUAACUUAGUUUGGUCAUCUGAUUAAGAUAUUAUAAAUUAUAAUUACUUAGGUUGUUCCAUCUGACUAAGAUAUUAUAAUUACUUAGGUUGUUCCAUCUCAUUAAGAUAUUAUAAUUACUUAGGUUGUUCCAUCUGACUAAGAUAUUAUAAUUACUUAGGUUAUUCCAUCUGAAUAAGAUAUUAUAAUUACUUAGGUUGUUCCAUCUCAUUAAGAUAUUAUAAUUACUUAGGUAGUUCCAUCUCAUUAAGAUGUUAUAAUUACUUAGGUUGUUCCACCUGACUAAGAUAUUAUAAUUAAUUAGGUUAUUCCAUCUGAGUAAGAUAUUAUAAUUACUUAGGUUGUUCCAUCUCAUUAGGAUAUUUUAAUUUCUUCCAUUCUCCAGCAGGAAACAGUGCCUAGAUCAGAAUUUGACAAAAUGGUUGAAAGACACCAGGAAGAAAUGGUUUACAUGCAGGAUGAGUACGAGUAAGCUGUUUACCAAGUCUUUACUAAGACACUUUCCAUCCCAUAAAAAAAAAAAAAAUUAAAUAGACUGACCUCUUAGUCUUUCUAGAGCUUUUGCUUCAAUUAUCUCCAUUUAAUCUGUAAUAUUUAAUAGGGUUAGACAUUUUUCAUAAUUUGACUUUAUUCAAAGCAAAAGCUAUAUGUCAAAAUAUAUAUCUAAAAUGAUCACAUAAAGAAUAACGUUUGAUUACAUGUGACUUAAGUUGUAUUGUUGUGUUUGUGUGACCAGGAAACAUAUACAAGAAUUACUGAACAACCUUCAAGCCGUCCAAUCUGAGAACGCUCAACUAUCACAGCUGACAGUUCAAAAUCAGCGGCCAGUUUCUACAGCAUCCCAACGACCCCUGUCUACAGCAUCCCAAAGACCCAUGUCUACAUCAUCCCGAAGAGGUUUGUCCAGCAAUGUCACCCCAGUCACAGAAAGGCUAAUGGAAGCUCCCCUUUCAGAUGUUGACCACAAGCCUGUGACCCCACAGAGUGCCAGAAAUGUCAUUAGAGAUAAAACUGUGUCAGAUCUAGGAGAUGGAAGAAGAGCUUUUGUGUCUGAGAGUAUGCCAGAGGUCAAGAGGUGAGGAAUAGAUGAUAAAUGUUUGACCUUGUGUUACAACACCUUUAAUUUUGUGUAUUUUAUUCUUGACCAUUCCUUAUGGACAUUUUAAUGCUAUGAAGAAAACACCAGCCUCUUUGUGAUAUUUGUUCUCCCUGCCUGCAUCUAAAUAAUAUAGUCUGCUGCAUUUUCUUGAUUUGUAAAAAAAAAGAAAAAAGGGACAACAAUGAGUCGGUCUUAUAAUGAGAUAUCACUUGAAGCUACUUUAAAAAUAAGCAUCAACCGUCUUACAUGGAAAACAAUUUUUAAUAUGAAACAUUAUUAUAUUAUUAUAAACUUGUUAAUUUCACCUUGCAAAUUAUCAACAUACAAUAAUACAUAAUCCAAUCAGUGCAUUCAUUUCCAUUCAAUAACAUUUGCAUAUCAGAAAUAAAACUUGCAUUUGUUUCUCUUUAGUUAAAAAUGAAAUGUUUACAGGCCGCUGCCCCCCAAGAACAUGAAGCCAUACAAAAACUUCAGGAUUGGUCGACCUUUGCCGAAAUGGGGAGAAAGUUUGCCUCAAGACGUGAGUCAUGCUGUUUAGGCAUUUGUUCAUGGUAGCCAGGCACAGAGUGUUUUCUCUUAAAAGCAUAUUUGUCAUUAUCUAGACUACAUCAUUAAUUAUACCAUUAUAUAAAAAUAGUACAGUUAUGUUUAUCUCUUUAGUUCUGUCUAAAUCUUUCUCUUUGCUAGAGUUAGAUAUAUGGAUAGAUGGCUGGAUGGAUAAGUCCUCCAAAGGCAAUGGCAUUAGUCUACCAACAUCUAUGGGAUUAGUCCACCAUCUUUGGCAGGCUUGCACAACAUAUGCUGCGGCCCGCGAAGUAACGAAAUAUUCUUUAUUCUUAUUAAUUUAUUAAUAGCUGUCCUAUUUUCUUUGGCCAGCACAAGUUUUUCAUAAAAUAUUACGGCCCACCUUAUAUUUUGAGUUGUGCAGGUCUUAUCUAUGGGAUUAGUCUACCAAAGGCUAAGGGAUAAGUCCACCAAGAUGAAUGGGAUUAGUCCACCAAAAUCUAUGGGAUUAGUCCACCAACAUCUAUGGGAUUGGUCCACCACCAUCAUGGGAUUAGUCUACCAAAGGCUAAGGAAUUAGUCCAAACAAAUCUAUGAAAUCUAUUUGAUUAGUCCACAUAUGUUAUGGGAUAAUUACAACUUGUGAUUUUGUCCCUUGCAACAGUUCUUUGAAAGGCUGAAAUUGUGGGAAGAUGAGAGCAAGCAACACAAAGAUGAACUGAAUGAAAAGACACUGAAGGACAUUAAAGACAGCCUGGAGAAAAAAUUGGCUGGUCAACACAAGCUCAGCAAGGAUGAAGAAAAGAUUUAUGAUGCUCUAAAAGGUGAGAGGAGUGCAUGGUCAGUACUUGGCAUUCAAGAGUGGGUGGAGUUUAUGGUUAAUGGGUGGAGUUUAAGAUAUGUGAGCGAAGUUUAAGAUGAGUGGUCUGAGUGUAGUGUUCAGGGGUGGAGUUUUAUCUCCAAAGUUGCAAGUGUGAAAUGUCAAGAUUUUAUGUUAAUCAUCUAAGAAUAUUGAAUGAUUUGAUGAAUCAUUGGUUUAUUUUUGUCACUUUUAGCUGGGCAGUGAUCAAUGGUCAGAAUGUAUGGAAAAAUCUUAAAAUAUAGUGUGCAGUCCGUGGUCAGAAUUGAUGGGAUUUAACAUAGAAAAAUUGAAAAUGUAUCCCACAAAAUUGUGUUAAUAAAUAAAUGUUGACAAAACGCUCUCUUCCCCAUUUCUUAAAAAAUAUUUACCUAAGUUAGCAACUUUCCACCCUUGUUAGUUGAUUUAGUAGAUUAACUCUGUACAAUUAAUUCUCAGAUGUGAGUUUACCAGCUUUAUUUAUGCCAUACAAGAGAGGAAAUGUUUACAAUCCCAGAGCACACCAGUAUUUUCACCCCACAGGUUGGAAACUCUCAUGUAUUGUCUGUUGGCAACUUAUUUUCAAACAACAGGAGCUUUUUAUUUUUUUCCAUCCUGGCAGAUGUAUACAAUGACUACAAAAAAUUCCCUGUUUUAAGGAAUAAGAUGUUUUAUGGCUCAGAGACUCUUAGAUUUCUUUCUUUAAGGCAGGGGUCUCAAACUCAAAUAAUCCGCGGGCCGCUGGAGGUAGAGUCUGAGUGCGACUGGGCUGCAUCAAGUAACCCACAAAAAAAGUGAUUACAAAUUCAAAAAAGCACAACUGUUACAAUGUGCUCAACCUUUAUAAUAACCAAUAGAAACAUUAAUUGUUCUCAAGAACUAGGCUACACUUUUUUCCUUCUACUCCUUAUUGCCAGAGACCUGGCAGCGCUUCUUCUUACACAACUGAGCAAUAUUUUGCUUUAGUGAGGAAGCAACUGAAACCCUCAUUAUAGCUUGAAGAAGCUCAUAAGUAUGUUUCCCCCUGAACUUUGACUUGUUAAAGUUCAGGGGGAAAAAGAGGUUUCACACAGAUAUGUGCUCCAAAAAAGGCACAUGAUCUGCUUGAACAACCUGGAAAUCUCAUGGAAUGUGGAGGACAAUGUUCUCAUAAAUUUUCCAUGCUUGUCUGUUUUUCCAUUCAACUCCCUGAAAUUAGAAUUGCAGUGAAGAUCAAUCAGCUCCAUUUGAAGUUUAAAAAAAAAGGGGGGGGGGGGCAUCUUCCACAAUAAAGGAGAAAGGGUCAGCAAAAAGUUGCUCUGUGUGUUUUGAAGUCUAAAAACAUGUGAUCAAAUUCUUUCUGUUGCUUUGCAAUGGAAUCAGUAUACUUACUACUGAAUGGUGUGCCUGAGUCCAUGAGUACUUGGUAUGUUGGGAAAUGGCAGAGGUUCUUCUAAGUACCACAACACAAGUUUUGUACAGAAUGCCCUGACAUUGUCAUAGGCAACACUGGCAAGCAUACCCCUGGUCUUGUAACUUCUUGUUGUAAUGUCAAUAAGAACAGCCAAGUCCAUGAGCUAUUUGGGAUCACUAAGUACAGGAACUACCACCCCAUACUUCUCCAUGAAGGCUUUAAAUGCUGAAAGUGUUCAAACAGUAGUCAAGAGCAGACAAUAUUUAUGAAUUAUUGAUGCAAAGGAAGAUGCUAUUGUAGGUAGAAUGAAUUUAGAUUUUUUAACGUAGCAAAGGCCUUUUGACUAACCUUUUUGAAAGUGACCAAGCUGACAGGCUAGGAAUUCCCCUCACUCGUACACACUAGCAUCAAUUUUAAUAGGGGCUCUUUGAAACUGUGUCAGAUUGCACGAUUUACACAAUUAUGGUUGUGAAUUCCCUACUAACUGACUUUUUAAAACUUUUCUCAAAACUGCUUUUUUGCCAUGUUUACAUAAAAUGCAAAAAAUAAAAACGUUUGGUCCGACAUUCAAACGGUUUUUACCAUUAUAAUCAUCGUCCAAAUCUAUCCAAACAUAAUACAAAUCAGAAGAACCGUAGGGGAAGAUGAGAAUGGGGAAAACGCGCGGGCCGCAUUAACACUAACUUUGGUGUCAUGUAGCGGGCCGCAAAAUAUAGUCUUGCGGGCCGCAAAUGGCCCGCGAGCUGCGAGUUUGAGACCUCUGCUUUAAGGAGUAAAUAUAUUUUAUGUCUCAGGGACUUUUAUUUCUUUGAGGAACAUAAAAUUGACACAGUUUUUUUUCUUCUUAUUUGUCAUAUCUCUUUACUUAGAAUUAUUCAUUUCAGAUUUAUGAGUAAAACACUAAUCAACACCGAUAUGUAUGAAUUGUUUGAAAUUUUUUUUAUUUAACUUGGUAUGAAAUAUGAAAAAAGAGUAUGUAAGUACAUAUUUUAAAAUUAAUGCUGUUUACUAUGACCGUCUUAGGUGCAACUGAAGUGCGUCUGACUCAACCACCAUCAGUAUUCCAGUUACCACCCCUGCCUAACAGUGUAUCCUUCUUAAUGCACUUAAAAGUGAUGCCUGGCAAUCUUUUUCCUGAAAUCUAUUUCCUGUCAUUCUAUUGCCUGUUUUUGGCCUGUUUUUUAUCUGUUUUCGGUAAAUCUGUUAUCUGUCAUUCUGUUCCCUGUUAAUCUGUUGCCUGUUAAUCUGUUGCCUGUCAUUCUGUUGCCUGUCAUGCUGUUGCCUGUCUAUCUGUUACCUGUUAAUCUGUUGCCGGUGAAUCUGUUUCCCGUCGAUCUGUUGCCUGUCAUUUUGUUGCCUGUCAAUUUGUUGCCUGUCAAUUUGUUGCCUGUCAAUUUGUUGCCUGUAAUUCUGUUGCCUGUCAUUCUGUUGUCUGUCAAUCUGUUUCCUGUUAAUCUCUGGCCUGUUAUUCUGUUCCCUGUUAAGCUCUUUCCUGUCAAUCCGUUGUCUGUCAGUCUGUAAAGCCUUGGAUCUCUUUGCAGUUGGAACUUUUUGUUUGGGAUUUCGAAUGUAUACUUGGUUAUUUUUUCACAAUUUGCAUGGGGCAGUCUUCAAACAAUCUUUGUGAUUUGGUUGUGCAAGAGAAAGUUUUAAACAUUUGGGUAGAGGGCAUCACAUUUUUUAAAAUCUUGGUGGUGGGGGCUGUUGUAUGAGCCUGUCAUUCUGUUGCCUGAGUCCAUCAUUCUGUUGCCUGUGUCUGUCAUUAUGUUGCCCAAGUCUGUCAUUCUGUUUCCCAAGUCUGUCAUUCUGUUGCCUGAGUCUGUCAUUCUGUUGCAUGAGCCUGUUAUUUUGUUGCAUGUGUCUGUCAUUAUGUUGCAAAUUAAAACAAGUAGAAGUAAAUAAUGGAACAACUCUCUAUUUCAAUGGCAACCAGUAGCACCUGUAUUCUCUAUUUCAAUGGCAACCAGUAGCACCUGUAUUCUCUAUUUCAAUGGCAACCAGUAGCACCUGUAUUCUCUAUUUCAAUGGCAACCAGUAGCACCUGUAUUCUCUAUUUCAAUGGCAACCAGUAACACCUGUAUUCUCUAUUUCAAUGGCAACCAGUAGCACCUGUAUUCUCUAUUUACCAUAAAUCAUAAAAAACCCUUGACCACUGGCCUCAGAAAUUCCCAGUAGUAAACUUGUUUGAAUUGAGCAAAAACUUUCACAACCAGGGUCCAGCCUGGCUUGUGGAACGUUACAUACAACAGCAGCAACCGCUCAAUGACAAUGGCUGUCACACCUCUAGACAUACUUCACUUAUACCUGAAGCAACAACUGUGGACCAAGCUCCGUUCACUGAGACUAUGGUAAGAUCUGUUCUAUUUCAGGCACAUUUUAUAACUGGGAAAUUUAGUGUUGAUCUACUGAACUCAAGUUGUUCAUUUUAAGUUAUUUUUAAAAGCAAUAAAAAAUAUCUGGAAAAUGUGUGUAUAGUUUCUACUUCAUAUUAUGUAUUGUGUAUUGUAUAGUUUUCCUGUUUACCACUGUGCAAAAUUUAAGUUAAGAUCAGAGGAGGACUCAAGCCAAACCUCCAAAUAAUGGGAUAGAAUUACUUUGAUUGAACCUUGUAAUCCCCUCGGAAUAUUUGUAUUCUACUCUAUUUUAAAGCCAUGUUUGACAGAUUCACAUUACAAUUGAAUUGUUAGCAGUCAUUCAAAUGUGGGACAGCUUUAUCAUCUGUCAUUGUCGGUGAGGUUUAAUUCCAGCACUAUUAGCAAAGGAAAGUGCUAGAAAAGUCAUAAUUUAACUUCUGGAAAGAACUCCUUGAAAUACUGAAGUAUUGUUUUAUAAGUUUAGAGUUUAACAAUUUUGAAAAAGCGUUUAGUUUUAUACAAUAUGGUUAAAAUUGGUCUUGAGAACAAAAAUCUGAUCCAUUAUAACCCCACCUUCUCAAAUCUAAACACUUUUGCUUCUUGCAACAUUAAAGAAAUUACCGUGGAUCUAUUAGUUCAAAUAAAAUAUUUAUUCACCAAAAAUUAAUAUAAUUUUUCACAUAACCAUUAUUGUAUCUCUCAUUUAGGAUUCAUCAAGUAGUGCAGGAGCCCAAGUUAAGAGAGAAGUUGAGUCCUGACUAGUUUAAUGUUAUACUAAUAUCUCAAUUAACUGCUGAUAACCAAGGCAAACUUAUUUUGUAAAUGUAUUUCUUGUACUUGCUACACAUUUGUACUUUUUGUUGUUAUUUAUUUUUAUUUUUGUUGUUAAUUAUAUGUACUUCUUGUUGUUAUUUAUUUGUACUUCUUGUUAUUUAUUUGUACUCCUUGUUAUUUAUUUGUGCUUCUUGUUGUUAUUUAUUUGUACUUCUUGUUAUUUAUUUGUACUUCUUGUUAUUAUUAUUUGUACUUCUUCUUAUUUAUUUGUACUUCUUGUUGUUAUUUAUUUGUACUUCUUGUUAUUUAUUUGUAAUUAUUGUUGCUAUUUAUUUGUACUUCUUGUUGUUAUUUAUUUGUACUUCUUGUUGUUAUUUACUUGUACUUCUUGUUGUUAUUUCCUUGUACUUCUUGUUGUUAUUUAUUUGUACGUCUUGUUGUUAUUUACUUGUACUUCUUGUUCAAAUAUUUAUGUAAAAUACAAUGUUUAAAAAUUGUUAAAACAAGCUCAACAACUUAUUGAAAGCAAAACAUAUCCAAAGGGUUUAAACUGCUGAGAUGCAUUUUGAUUCUCAAUGAAUUUGCCAAAUAUUUGUGUAUUGUCUUUUUAUAUUUGCCAUUCAUAGAAGAGUUGUCUAUAUGAGUGCAUUGUGCUAUUUCCUUUAUGUACAGUUGUGGUUUCAUCAUUACCAUUCAGCUAAUUUUACAGUCUGCCUGGGCCCAAUGUGAUAUUCCAUUCACACUCAAAAAAAUUAGAAGUUACAGAAAACAUAUGUUCCACAUUUGACUUUAGGAAAUCAGUGACUGACCCCAGAUAUACUGCUCAAUCAUGAGUUAACAAUGUAAUUUUAAAAAGCUUCAUUAUAUCAUUUUAUUUUGAUAAUAUAUAAACAUGAAACCCUCAUGUAAUUAAAAGCUAAUAUGAUAAAACAAUUAAGUGAUGUCCCUUAGGUCCUCAAAGAAAAAACAAUUUGUAAUGACAUCAUUAACAAUAAUUUGAGAAGAUGAAUUCAGUUGAUGCUAUGUGAGUGCUGCUAUGUACUAUGUGCAAUGUAAAUGUGUCAUACUGUCACUGGUACUAGUUGAGUGCUGUUAUAUUGUCACUCCUAUGUGCUAUGUCAAUGGUGUUAUAACUGGUACCAUGUGCUAUAUCAGUGGUGUUAUCCCUGGUACUAUGUGUUAUGUCUAUGGUGUUAUCACUGGUAUUAUGCGCUGUCAGUGGUGUUAUCCCUGGUACUAUGUGUUAUGUCUGUGGUGUUAUCACUGGUAUUAUGCGCUGUCAGUGGUGUUAUCCCUGGUACUAUGCGCUGUCGGUGGUAUUAUCGCUAGUAAAUGUACUUAGUGACCUAAAUUGGGAAGUGUGCUGACCUCUCAAUCACAGAGAAAAGAAUGUUCAAUUUUUGUUGUGUAAUGAAGGUGCAUUAAUUGUAAACAAACACUAUUUUGUGUUGUGAAAGCAACAUUGGAGAGAGAUUGUGUAGUUAUUUACUGGAGAAAUUAAUAAAAUACAAGUGAUCUAUUAUGUUUCUUAUACUUAUUUUAUACUUUUUAGGAGCAUUUCAUUUUUAUUUGACUCUCAAAAUUGUUUAAAUUUAUUUGGGAAUAGCUGAAUGGUCUGUGUGGCAUUUUCUUUAAUUGAACAUUAGAGACACUACCUUGUUUAAGAGACUUAUAAAACAGUACAGACAUUCAAGAGCCU